AUGGCUGAACCAGACCUCCCCAUACUGUCCCGCACUGCAACGUCAAGGUUCGCCGUCCUCGUCUUUAGCCGGACAAAUGGCUAUCGCCACGAGUCCAUCGAAGCCGGCGUCGCCGCGCUCAAGGACCUCGCCAUCUCGUCCCAUGAUUCGCCUCUGCCUUUCACCGUGGACGCAACCGAGGACGCCAUCGUGUUCAACCCGGCCACGCUGGCUCAAUACCGGGCCAUAGUAUUCCUACAGGCGUCGGGGGAAUUCUUCGACAACGAGCUCCAGCUGGACGCGCUGAAACAGUUCGUGCGGUCUGGGGGUGGCAUCGUGGGGGUCCACUGCGCGUCGACGGGGCUUCCGUCGAGCGAGUGGUACGGGCGUAUGAUCGGGGGUGUCUUUACGAAUCACCCCGUGCCACAGAAUGGGACGGUCAUUGUGGAGGACCCAGAGCACCCUAUCCUAUCGAAUGGUGUGGCUUCCCUCGGUCCGGGGAAAUCCAUUGACGGGAGUAAACUGGAAUUUGAGUGGCACGAUGAGUGGUACAAUUUCGCGACGAAUCCAAGGCUGCAGGACGGGGUGCGUGUGCUACUGACGGCGAGGGAGACGAGCUACGAGGGGGGUGACAUGGGCGAGGACCACCCCAUCGCUUGGUGUCAUGAAUUUGAAGGUGGCAAGGUGUUCUACACUGCCUUGGGCCACUUCGACAAGGCAUAUCAAGAUCUUUCGUUCAUGGGCCAGCUGGUUAAUGGUAUCAUUUGGGCGGCCGGGCUGUGA